GAUGCUGGGCUCUGCAGGGCCCCACGGAGGUGAGCGGCUUCCCAGGGGGCUCCGUGGAGGUACCCUGCGAGUACGAGCCGGAGAUGGUGGAUGCCAAUAAGUACUGGUGCAGGGGCAGCAGCUGGCUUUCCUGCUCCAUCCUCGUUCAGACCACGGCCCCAGGGGACGAGGCAUGGGGGGACAGGGUGUCCCUGCGAGACGACCCCACUCAGCUCGUGUUCAUGGUGACCAUGGAGGACCUGAGAGUGGAAGAUGCGGAUCAGUACUGGUGUGGGAUCCAGGUAGCCUGGUAUGAUCCCAUGUUCCGUGUCAUGGUGUCUGUUCUCCCAGUGCCCGAGACAACACACUAUGACCUCUUCACAACACAGUGGGAAGAGGCCACAUCUCCUCCCACCUUCCCAUGGACUCCCCUGGAGCUGGAAAACACCAUGUCCACACCAAAAUCCAGAAGCCCUCAGGCUGGCACCCCAAACCUGCUUGUCCUGGUCCUGACAUCCUUCGCUGCACUGGUGCUGAUUUCGGGCAUCAUCAUCUGCCAUAGGAUGAGAAGAGCAUCGUUGGAGAAGCACAGAGCAGCCCAGGCCAUAGAGAGGAAGAGGGACAAGGACCUCCAGCUACCACAGGUCACUACAAGCUGGGAGCAAGCAGACGCUUCCAAUAACAUCUACAUGAACAGGGAGUGGGAGUUCAGCUCACCUGAGGAUGACUAUGAGAACAGCCCAGUCCAGUGGCAGGACUUUGAAAAGACAGACCAAGUUUCAGUUUCCAGAGCUCUAGAACUGCAGACAAUCUACAUGAACAUGCACUGA